UGGCGGUAAUUAUAUUUAUAUUUGCCUUCAAGUUGAAGCUCGACGUUAGUUCCAUUCAGUUCUCGUCCACAAUUCGAUAGAGACAGUUCACCCCGAGGAUGAAGUCCGUACUGAUUUUUACAGUUUUCGCACUGUUGGGUGCAGUUAGUGCAGAAUCCAAGGAACUUCAAGCAAUCGCAGUUAUUACGGGAAGCGAAGGAAAGGUCCGAGGCAACGUUACAUUCACUCAACAAAAUUGUGAUGCAAAUGUUCAUGUCUUUGUAACUAUCGAAGGGCUUACUCCUGGACCCCAUGGCUUCCAUGUCCACGAGAAAGGCGACUUGUCCAAUGGAUGUACGAGCGCUGGAAGCCACUACAACCCUGACAAGUUGUCGCACGGAGCCCCAACCAGUGACAUGCGACAUGUUGGAGACCUUGGAAAUGUAAUCGCCGAUGAAAAUGGCGUUGUCUCGACUACUCUGACCGACAGUUUGCUUACACUGUCCGGAGCAAGGUCAAUAAUUGGGCGAGCCAUCGUCGUUCAUACCGGGGAGGAUGAUCUUGGACUAGGCGGUCAUCCUGACUCAAAGAAAACUGGUAAUGCCGGUGGUCGUGCCGGCUGCGGAGUAAUUGGAUAUAAAUAAAUUUUUGUUAUACUUUUUAAUACUUAACUGCGGAGAUAAAUGCAUCAGGUGUUAUGUGCAAAUGUGGGAGUGAUUAAUCACAUACAUUUAUUGGGCUGCAUUUCGAAUCGAAAUAAAGAUAGUUUUAAACUGUU